AUGAUCAACCAGCCCACGGCUGCCUACGGAGGCAACAGCAAGAACACCACGCGCCUCGAAGAAGAACGGGUCGAGUACCGACCGACCUUUGCGUCUCGCGUGGCCAAGUUGAUCUUCCGACAGCGUCGAUCCGCUGGAGAGCUGCGGGCCAAGUCCUGGCCAGGGCGUGAAAACCCUGUUCCAAUCACGGUUCCUGUUGCACGAGUCACCCCGACGAGUGCUGUGCGUCAACCCAGUGCCAGCAUCGCCAUCCCCAACAGCCUCGGCUCGUCAGCAUCGGCCUCUGUGCCACGCACUCGAUCUAUGCGCAUACCCAAGCGACCAAGAAUCCACGCCAGCUCCAGUGAAGCCGAGUGGCGACAUCGACAAGCUCACUGCGCGAACUGCGAGCGGUUGUUCUUCAAGUCGAUGUCGACUCUCGGUCGAUUCUGUUCGCUGGACUGCAAGGCCAACUUCGAGUACUUGGACCUCCUCCAGGAGACGGUGGACGUGGAGUUCGACAGCAUCAGCAGCGACUCGCUCGGUUGGAGUUUGGAAGGAGACGACGGCAGCUAG